UUUCGAUAAUGCUGUCAUUGGCAGCCGAAGCAGCCUAUCAGAGUCCAGAAAGCAGCGUCCGGUAUUCUCGGCAACCAGAGGAGAGAGAAGGGGGAGGGUUUGGGGGUCAGAUAUACGCAGAGAAACGGGCUGCUGGUGGCGAAGAUGGCGGAUGGGGAUAGCGGUAGUGAGCGCGGUGGCAGCAGCAGCGGCGGCGGAGGGGGAGGAAGCGGGGGAUUUCAGCAUUACCAGCGGGAGCCAGAGACGCAGGAGCUGGCUUCGAAGCGGCUGGACAUUCAGAACAAACGCUUCUACCUUGACGUGAAGCAGAACGCCAAAGGCCGGUUCAUCAAAAUCGCAGAGGUCGGCGCCGGAGGCUCUAAAAGUCGUUUGACCCUCUCCAUGUCAGUUGCUGCAGAGUUCCGCGACUAUCUGGGGGAUUUUAUAGAGCACUACGCCCAACUGGGGCCCAGCACCCCGGAGCAGAUUGCCCAGUCGUCCGGUGGUGAUGACAGUGGGCCUAGGCGGGCCUUGAAGAGUGAGUUUCUGGUGCGUGAGAACCGAAAAUACUACCUCGACCUGAAGGAGAACCAGCGGGGUCGGUUUCUCAGGAUCAGACAGACCGUCAACCGAGGCCCCGGUUUUGGAGUGGGAGUGGGAGGCAUCCCCGGGGCUGGCAUGCAGUCCGGCCAAACCAUCGCACUCCCGGCCCAAGGGUUAAUAGAGUUCCGCGACGCUUUGGCCAAGCUGAUAGACGACUACGGGGGAGACGAGGAGGAGUUGGCCGGCGGCGGAGGAGCCGGGGGCUACACCGAACUUCCGGAGGGCACGUCGAUCAUGGUGGACUCCAAGCGCUUCUUCUUUGACGUCGGGUCCAACAAGUACGGGGUCUUCUUACGAGUGAGCGAGGUCAAGCCCAGCUACAGGAACUCUAUAACGAUCCCUUUCAAGGCGUGGAGCAAGUUCGGUGGAGCGUUCAGCCGCUACGCCGAGGAGAUGAAGGAGAUCCAGGAGCGGCACCGGGACAAGAUGUACGAGCGGAGAACCGAAGAGGAGUCGGAGGGAGACGACGUGGACGACGAUUGACGCAGAGGGAGAGGUGGCUUUUUGUGGUUUAAGUUGACAACGUGAUGCAAAGCCUGGAGAUAAACGGAGAGAGGAACGACUAUUUUGUGCAUGACGAAUCGAACAAUAAAUUGCUAAAAGAGAGUUAAAAAAAAAAAAAGAAAAAAGUAUAUUUGAUUGAGAAAUUGUUUAUGUAAGAGAAACAUGUCCUAAGGUUUAGGUGGAUGUUAUAGUUAAUUGAGUGCAGACUGCAGUAGUCGGCCUCUGUAUGGGAUUCCCAAUUGAUGAUCUAUAUUCUAUUUAAUAUAUAUCUAUCUAUAUAUUGAUUGUCCGAUUGAUAACCUCACAUGUAGCCCAGCAAGUUAAGUUCGCCAGAGAGUUGGUUUACCUGACCUCCUGCUUGACAUCCAGUGGUGAGAGCUCACUCAGUGCUGACCUGUAGUCUGGUGAUGAUGAUGACAAGGAGUAAAAUGUGACAUACUCAAACCAGCAGGUGCAGAGUUGCUGUGAGAGAGUGCUGACAUCGCUCACCAUGGCUGUUUGUGUUUUUUCUAAAGUGAACAAUACCAAACUACUUGUCCAGACGGAACCACAGUGUCGACUACAUAAAGGGGGAUAAAUCCUUGGCAUGGCAGGACACCCUCGCCUGUCCCAGCUUGGGGGCUGUAAGGUUACCGGUUGCAAGCACAUGACACAUUUGGAUUUGCUGCACGAUCCAAAUGAGUCCAAAGAUCGACCUCCCAUCUCUUCCUUUUGCACCCCUGACCCCAACACACACACACGAACACACUCCAGGUGCUGACCCUUCCUGCUCCCACAGCUGAGGCGGCGGUGAGGCCUGCUCAAACGUGGCUUGUUGUGUCUCAGGGCUGAAAAAAAAAAAUCCAAUCCCACAUUUUGGGGGGUUUUCAGCAUUCCCUGUGCCUGUGCAUCAUCCUGUAUAGAUGUUGCUGCAGCCGAGUCGUCUGUGGACACUGAUGACGUCUCCUGUGAUACAGGGCCACGUUUGACCUUUGUGGCCUUGUCAUCAAAGGGGAGGCAGUGAGCUCAUGCCUCCAGCAGCGGUCACACCUUUCCAAGCUACUUAAUUAGGGUGCAGCAUUUGGAUCCUCGAAUCUUGAACUAAGACCAUUUAUGACUGAAGCAAUAUUCAGUCUGAUUGUAACAAAAUAAAUUAGGUGCUUUUGAAAAAGACACCCCUGCAUGGGGUGUUGUAUCUAAAAGAUAUAUAUAUAUAUAUAUAUAUGUACUGAAAGAGAUUUACUAAUUCACGAAAUCGAGUAUAGAUAGAAUUAUUUUUAAAAAGAUAUAUUAAAAUAUGUCUUAGAAAUAUGAGAUUUAUUAGAUAAUGCUGCCUAAUGUGGCUUCUUUAAAACACUAAACGUGGAUGCAACUGUCCAGGGUUAUAUUUCAUACCUGCUUUUCUCCUGAGAUAUCUUUUAUUCCUUAGAGGAAAUUUAAAAAGAGAACAGAUUGGUUACGCCGUAUGCUAUAGCAAUUUCUAGAGACAACGUCUUUGAAGUCGUUUGUCGGCAAACACUCAGCACUCCAGUUCACUUUACAGAGCUUCGAUUUGUUCCCUCGUUUCGGUCUGCACUUUUUUGCAGCGUUUUCUCAUGAAUUGGCUUUCCAUCUGUUGCCAUACGACGCAAAACGUGCACACCUGCAACCAUCAGCGUUACGUCUUUAGUGCUCCUUUCACACAUAUGUUUUGCAUGCCUGCUCUCUGACGCAGAGCCGCCUUGUGUUCUUUUCUUUUGCAUUUUCAGAUUGCUGUAUAAUAAUAUUUAUCCUAUUUUUUUUUUUCUUUUUAGAGCGGUUGCAAGUUUUAUUCUGUACUGCUAAAGACAAUUAGUUUACUUUUCAGUCUAAUAAUGAUUUUAAAAAGGUCACAGCGUUCCCAUGUUUCGGGAAACCUCACUCUCAUUGUCCCAGUUCCUUUUGGUGUGUAAACUUCUCGUUGAAUUUUAUAUUUACCUACUCCAACACAGCAGAAAAAUGCCAUAUAAAAAAUACAUGGGAGCAAUAGAUUUUCUUUCCUUUUUUAUUGAUAUAAAUAUACUAUAUAUAUAUAUAAGAUUACACAUGCGAUUUGAGCUACAUCCUUCUUGUACUGUGUUACGUGAAAUGGCAGCUGUUUCAGUCAUGUGUGUUCUGCUGUAAUAUUCUACCGAGAUCCUUUCAACGAGAAAUAAUAAAAAACAAAAAAUGGUUUUUGCUCA